GUCGGGCAAGGGAGCGGGCUGCGCCUGUGGCAGAAGUGAGAAACUGUGUAUAUACCUGUGAGAGAAGCAAAAAUGUCAGAUGAUAUCAAGAAAAGGUUUGAUUUUCCGAAUUCUCUUAUCCAGUCACAGGCUGUAGGUCAUCUUAUUGCUGCUGUCUUAAAAGAACAUGGUGUUUCAGAAAAGAUACACCAGUCCACAAAUCAGACGGCUGCCUUGAACUUGCUGUGGGAGAAGUGCUGCAGCGACAAUGUGGUGGUGCGAACAGCCUGCAGCGAGGGACUGGUGGCACUUGUCGCUCAGGGUCAUGCAGAGUUCAGCUAUGUUCUCAAUGGGAUACUCAACCUGAUUCCUUCUGCCAGGAAUAUGUCUGGUUUGAUGAAAGCCCUUAUGAAAUUAUUACAGAUGCAAGCAUUGAGGGAAGGACAAAGUGGGGAAAAGGACAUUCGGGGUAUAUAUUCUAUCAGAAAUCCUCCUCAGCCUUUGAUCACCGUGCUUGAGCACAGGCCUGAUUGCUGGCCACUACUCCUGCAGCAGCUGACAGCUUUUUUCCAGCAAUGCCCUGAAAGGUCAGAAGCUUCAUGUGUCCAAAUAAUGGCACCAUUUCUGUGGUAUCUCUACUGUGAACCAUUGCAGUUACAAGAAUAUGCUAAUCUUCGACUGUCCCUGCUCAAAGUCUUACUUCAGCCCAGAGGUGUUUAUGAGGAAGCCCAGCCAUCAGUUUUGGAGCAGCACAUCCUUCAGCUGUGCUGUAACAUGGUUCCAUGCUUUCAGAUGAAUGAUCUGAGGCAGACAACAGAGAUGAUGCUGUUCAUGGAGGAAGUAUAUCUCAGCCUUCUGCGCCAUCCUGUUUUCUGGAAGAGUCAGCUUACCCAGCUGACCCUUCAGUUGCUGUGCAUCUGUGAAGUCAGCUUAAAGACAACUGGGGAAUGCUCAUCUUUAAUUCAGCUUGUAGACCGCAGUGUUGAAUUUCUUGGGGAGGAUUUUCCUGUAAAAUUGGUCAUUAUUGGAACUGCUUUAAUACUUCUCCAGACUCCAGCAAGUCAACAGAAGCCAGUAUUAGAUCUAGCCUUGAAGCUCCUCUCGCUUACUGAGGGUCAGAAAAUCCCAAAGGCAUCCCUGCUGCUCCUGGUGCCUCUUCUGCAGAUACUAUCUUCCACAGCCCUGGAAGACUGUCUGGCCAUGGGCGAGGAAGGCCCUUCCAGGCAGCAGUUAGCCCUCAGUCUUUUGGAAGUGCUACAGAGAGAGUGUCAUGGAGACGACGACAACACGACCCCCUGCAGGCUUGCUUUUCCUGUAGGCAGCAUGUAUGGCUCAAUCUUCACAGCCUGGAGGAUUCUUGAAGUCAUUGGAGAAGAGUCUGCGGCUAGUGACUGGCUGGCUGCAGUGGAGUCCUUGCUCUCUGCCACCACAGUGAUCCCCCCACACGUUUUCUUACUGCUGGCUCACCUGCUUGUUGAAGAUGGAGGACAGAAUCUUCAGCAGAUACUGAAGGUCGCCACACAGUUAGCUCAAGCAGAUUCCUCUCAGGUACCAAAUCUGAUUCCAGUUUUGAUGUUCAAAUUGGGAAGACCCUUAGACCCUGUGUCAUACAAUCAUAUAUUGUAUACUUUGCCUACACUUGGUGUUCACAAGGUAUGCAUAGGGCAGAUCCUGCGGGUAAUUCAACUACUGGGAACCACACCACGACUAAGAGCUGUCACAUUGCGCCUAUUGACAUCUCUGUGGGAAAAGCAGGAUCGUGUGUACCCUGAACUGCAGCGUUUCAUGGCCAUGUCUGAUGCGCCCUCUCUCUCUGUGGGCAAGGAGCUGCAGUGGGAGAAACUGAUUGCAAAAGCUGCGUCCAUCAGGGAUAUAUGUAAACAGAGGCCCUAUCAACAUGGUGCAGACAUGCUGGCAGCCAUUUCUCAGGUGUUGAAUGAAUGCACCAAGCCUGAUCAAGCUACUCCAGCCGCCUUGGUGUUACAAGGUCUUCAUGCACUCUGCCAGGCUGAGGUUGUCUGUAUUCGCUCCACUUGGAAUGCUCUCUCUCCAAAGUUGAGCUGUGACAUGAGACCACUCAUAUUGAAGACCCUGAGUGAACUGUUCUCUCUGGUUCCUUCCUUAACAGUCAAUACAACUGAAUAUGAGAAUUUUAAAGUUCAAGUCCUCAGCUUCCUCUGGACUCACACCCAAAACAAGUGGACAGAUCAUGUGAAAACUAUGCCUGUCCAGGUGACUUGUGAUAUAGAGCUAAGACUUAGGACAUUAAAAUAUGGGAGAUUUGAAAUGAAGAGAAAUAAAUCUUUAGGGAUGUUUUCUAGCACCGGCUGCAUACUUGGAGUUGGACUCGCCCUGUCCCUCAUGAGCCACAGCAGCCACACGGAGUCACGAGUUCACGUGGCAGCAUGUCUGCGGAAGCUGUCUGCCUACCUCGAUGAGAGCGGGAGCCAGAGCAGGACCUUUCAGGAGGUCCUCGCCUACACACUUAGCUGUGUGUGUGCAUCAGCAUUCAGUGCCGGCAUCAUUGAAGCUGUGGAGGCUGAAGAGAUUAUGAACAAGCUUCAGCUGUUGGUGGAGAACAACCAGCAGACCUCAGGCUUUGCGCUGGCAUUAGGGAACUUGGUUUAUGGUUUGUCUGUGUGUGGACAUGGAAAAGCUGAAGACCUGGGCAACAGACUUCGCCCCAGCUGGAUUAAAGUUGUCCUGACAGAGGGUGCCCCCACCAUGCUCUGUCUGGCUGCCCUUCAUGGCUUGGUGGCACUGGUAGGCUCCGAUGUGGAUGUCAUGCAGCUAAAGUCAGAAGCCAUCCAGAACACCCAUUUUCAAGCAAGACUUAAUGAAGUCAUUCGAACCUUAACUGAGGUUAUCAGUGUCUCAGGGGUGAUUGGUCUUCAAUCAAAUGCAAUAUGGCUGCUAGGACAUCUUCAUCUAUCUACCUUGUCUUCAAAUCAAAGCAGAACUUCCGUUCCUACUGACUACAGCUAUUUGCCUGAAGGCAGUUUUAUUAGAGCAGCCGUUGGCUUCUUCGUCACAGGAGGAAAAAAAGGUCCUGAAGCUGUGUCUCCAUCUCUUCUCAGAGUAGUGAUGAAACCCAUAGCAACUGUUGGGGAAAGCUACCAGUACCCUCCUGCAAACUUGGCCGCACUCCUCUCUCCACUUAUGAGGCUAAACUUUGGUGAGGAGAUACAGCAACUUUGCCUUGAGAUUGCCGUGACUCAGGCACCGUCAUCGCAGAGCGCGGCAGCGCUGCUGGGCUUGUGGGUGAUGCCACCACUGAUCCACGGUCUGAGUCUGAAUAUUAAGAAAUACCUCCUGGUAUCUAUGCCUCUGUGGGCAAAGCACGUCUCUGAUGAACAGAUCCAGGGUUUUGUUGAAAACCUGAUGGUGGCAGUUUUUAAAGCAGCUUCCCAACCUUGCCAUCCUGAGAUGUGCCCAAGUGCCUUACAGGGUCUGAGCCAGGCCAUGAAACUGCCCAGUCCUUCCCACCACCUCUGGAGUCUGCUCUGCGAUGCUACUGGGAGAAUUUUUGACCUUCUGCCAAAUAGGAUUCGGAGAAAUGAUCUCGAGCUGUACAUCAGUAUAGCAAAGUGCCUCUCAGAGAUGACGGACGAAGGGGUCAAUCAGGUUUCCCAGGUUACUCAGGACAACAUAGAAAAGGCUGCCUUUGUCAAGUUGUACUUAGUCUCUCAAGGACGACUCCCGUUGAUGAGCCUGACUGAUCUACUCACUGCUGCUGUGCAGCACCCCGAGAAGGAGACUCUAGCCUGGAUGAUCUUGCACAGCUUAUACCAGGCACGCAUUGUGAACCACACCAACACAGGCGUGUUGAAGAGACUGGAGUGGCUCUUGGAACUGAUGGGUUAUAUGAGAAACAUUGCUUACCAGUCAGCAACUGCUCAGCAUGUGGCUCCUGAUGAGGCUUUGGACUUCUUGAUGCUGAUAUUUGCAGCUGCAGUGGUGGCAUGGGCAGACCAUGAGGCCCCCCUUCUCCUUGGCCUCAGUGCCAGUUGGUUGCCAUGGCACCAGGAGAAUGGCCCUGGUGGGCCAGCAGCAACCUUGCUUGGCAGGAGUCCGAUGCAUAGAGUCACUGUGCAAGAGGUUCUCACUCAGCUCCCCCGUAGCAUGCUACUGCUGCUACAAAAGGAGCCAUGGAAGGAACAGACCCAGAAGUUCAUUGACUGGCUAUUUAGCAUCAUGGAAAUUCCUAACGAAGCCUUUGCAGCAAAGUCCAAGGAUCUUUUGAAAGCCACCCUGCUAUCCUUGCGAGUUCUCCCAGAGUUUAAAAAGAAAGCUGUAUGGACCAGAGCGUAUGGUUGGUGAGAGUCCCAGGAACCAGCAGCAUUCUCCACCAAAGCAGACAGACCAAAGAAACAGAAGCUUUUUAGGACUGCUGUCUGAGAUCUGUGAGAAGUGAUACUCACCGUUGGAGGUCAUGAGAAGAUGGCUACAUACUGACAUCUCACCGUGUGUGUAGCCAGGAGGGGGUGUAUUCCUUGGGUACCUGGGCAUUUGAAACUGAAAUAGAACAUAACUUCUAUAUGGACAGAGUUCAUUGUAAGUCUUCUUUUCUUUGUGAAAACUGGAGUAUAUUUUCUCUCCCUUAAGUUCUAGUAAAAUAAUCUUACGAGUUUUUGACAA